CCAGGCGGGGCCACUGUCACUCAAAUGGCGCCGCGGCGCUCGGGAGGCGGAGCGUCGGAGGUCGGGUCAGCUCGAGGGGCGGGAGUCAGUAUAUAAGCCAAGGAGGCCUUAGUAAGAUGUCCGUGUGACAGACAGCACGCUGUCAGAGCAGAGAAGCCAGCGAAGGAUAUGGUUGUGUUUGACACGUGAAUCGCCCUCCCUCCCUCCCUCCCUCCUGACGCAGGAACAAUAAACGCCCUUUCGCUCAGUCAUUCCUCCGGGGGAAGGAAAGAGAAGGAAAACUGAUCAGAGGACGUCGAAGACGACCAAACCGACGACGACCACGACGCCGCAGCGGUGGUUUUUGAUGUUCAUUCUCGUUUACCGUCGUCUGUUAUUUUGUGACUUAGUGCAUUAAGAGAGAGAGAGGGUAGUGCCCAGUGCCCCGUCGGACUUCGAAGACCAUGGCCCUUGUACUGGACCGGCAGCAGCAAGAUCCAUCUUCGUCCUCGCCCGUCAUCUCCUCCGGCACCAGCCCCAUCGUCGUGCCAGCAGCCAUCGUCAUGGGCGCCCCUCCUCCGAGCAGUCCGGCCUUGCCGCCGACGCCGCCUUCCAGCGACGCCCGUAGCCCGCCGCCGCCCCCGCCGUCUCCCAGAUCACCGCAGGAGUCGAAGGUGCCCUUGUCGCCCCCGCCGUCGGCCCCCAGCCCCAGAACGCUUCCCUUCAGCAUCGAGAACAUCCUGCGGCCGGAUUUCGGCGCUGCCACCACCACCACCUCCUCCUCCACGCGCCUGCCCGAACGCCCGACGAUCAGGACGCCCGAGCUGCUCCUGCGGACGCCCCCCAAGACUCCCGAAGCCAGGAACGACACGCCCGUCGAUCUGAGCCAGAAGACGCUCUCUUCUAGACCUUCGUCGGACGAGAGGCGGCUUUCCUCUUCGUCUUCGUGUUCCUCUUCGUCUUCGGCGAGCCAAUACGGCGGGAACAAGUACCCGGAGAACCCGGAGGCGUUGGCGAAUCCCAAGAUACCCGUCGAGGACUCGAAUAACUGGCCCGCCUGGGUCUACUGCACCAGAUAUUCGGACAGACCUUCGUCAGGUCCGAGAUCCCGCAGAAUCAAACGGCGCGAGAGGGCCACCCCGCAGGAGAAGCGGCCCCGGACGGCCUUCACCUCCGAGCAGCUGGCGCGGCUGAAGAAGGAGUUCGAGGACAACAAAUACCUGACGGAGAAGAGACGGCAGGACCUCGCCCGCGAGCUGUGCCUGAACGAGUCCCAGAUCAAGAUCUGGUUCCAGAACAAGAGGGCCAAGAUCAAGAAGGCCAGCGGCCAGAAGACGGGCCUGGCCAUCCACCUGAUGGCGCAGGGCCUCUACAACCACUCCACCGUACCUGUCGACGAGGAGGAGAAUUACCUGUGCUGAGGUGGUGGCGGCUUCUUCGAGGAGUCGCCCUCCGAAUCAGCUGAUCGUUGUUGAUCUGUGUUUACGUUCUUAAAUACGAAGGCGUGUAUCAUUCCUUGAACGGACGGUGAACGCACACCUCUCCCCUCCUCCCCUCCCCCCACCUUUGGCCGCACGUCAUGGGACUUGGAUUGGAUUCUUCUCACUCCGCUGACGGUCCUCCAGGGGCGGACGGAAAAAGUCCUUCCGGAACGAAAAGAGUUGUCAUUGACGGAAGAAUUCUUGAGGGACGGAAAUUCCUCCGCGGGGGAAAUGAAAACGGCUUAGGAUCUAGUUCUCUAGCCCUUGACGGCUAUAGUAUAGUCUUGGGGAGAGGAAGAGCCUCGAGAGUCC